ACAGCCUUCACAGACUCUGCAGGAGCAGUCUGUGACUGACAGCUCUGCAACACCUUGCCUGAAAGCCACCGGAGGGGGGAAAAAAUGAAACUUGCCCUCCGAGCCACGCUGUCCUUUGGGCUGCUGGCUCUGUGUCUUGCAACUUCUUCUGUAAGAUGGUGCACAAUAUCCAAUGAAGAGCAGGCAAAAUGCACAAGGCUGCAACAGGAAUGCUUUCCCCCCCAACAAUCCAAGGAAUUGCCAGUACUGAAUUGUGUGAGGAAGACUGAUCACCAGGACUGCAUAAGAGCUAUUAAAAACUCGGAGGCAGAUGCCAUCACCUUAGAUGCUGGUCUUAUUGCGGAAGCAGGGCUGAGCCCUUACAAUCUAAAGCCUAUUGUAGCUGAAGUUCAUAAAAAAGGUUCAGAAGAAACUACUACGAGUUAUUAUGCUAUUGCUGUUGUAAAGAAAGGAACUAUCUCUUCACUUAGUGAGCUCAAAAAUAAGAAAUCUUGUCACACCGGUUUCGACAGAUCUGCAGGCUGGAAUAUCCCAAUAGGAACUUUACUGCGUGUGGGUCUGAUAAAAUGGGAAGGAGUAGAAGUAGAACCUGUACAACUGGCUGUAGCAAGAUAUUUCAGUGUUUCGUGUGUCCCAGGUGUCAAAGAUGUACCAAAUCUCUGCCGUUUAUGUGCUGGAAACUGUGACCGGAAUGACCCCUAUGCUGGAUAUUCAGGAGCCUUUGAGUGUCUGAAAUCUGGAGGUGGAGAUGUGGCUUUUCUGAAUGAAGCAACGGUAUUAGCUGCCAGUCCAGAAGAAAGAAGCAAGUACGAGUUACUUUGUCUUGAUGGCUCCACAAGGCCUGUUGAAGAGUAUGAACACUGUUUCUGGGCUAAAGUGUCUUCUCAUGCUGUGGUGGCCCGAUCUGUUGAUGGUCGGGCAGAUAAAAUCUGGGCACUCCUCUCUCAUCUAUUGGAACAGUCCAAUCAAGGACAGGCAGCAUGCAAGCUUUUUGGCUCCCCUCUAGACUCUGGCAAAGACCUCCUGUUUAAGGAUGAUGCUUUCAGUCUUGUUCAAGUGCCUGAACUAAUGGAUGCUCAACUUUACCUGGGUAUUGAGUACUAUACUGCAAUACAGAAUCUCAGAAGAGAAAGACCUACUACAGAUCCUGAUACAACGAGAAGAGUUGUAUGGUGUGCAGUGGGCAAGGCUGAGCAGAAAAAGUGUGAUUUGUGGAGUGGACAGAGCAAUGGUGCCAUUGAGUGUGCUGUUGCAGAAACUACGGAAGACUGCAUUGUCAAGAUCAUAAAAAGAGAAGCUGAUGCAAUGACCUUGGAUGGAGGGCAUGUCUACACUGCAGGAAAAUGUGGCCUCAUCCCAGUGUUGACAGAAAUCCCUCCUGAAGAUUCUGCUGCAUGCAAAAAUCCAGAGCAAGGUGUAACAGCUAAAGGCUAUAUUGCUGUAGCUGUUGCUAAGAAAAAAGACACUGACAUCAACUGGAACACUCUGAAAGGAAAGAAAUCCUGUCACACUGCUGUUGGUAGAACUGCUGGCUGGAAUAUUCCCAUGGGCCUUAUUUACACUCAAAAUAAUCGUAGUUGUGACUUUGAUAAAUUCUUCUCAGAAAGCUGUGCGCCAGGAGCACCUCCUGAGUCUACAUUGUGCAAACUAUGCAAAGGUAGCGGCGGUGAAGGUGGCCUCUCUCAGAAACACAAGUGUAAACCUAACAGCAAUGAGAUAUACUAUGGGUAUAAUGGUGCUUUUCGAUGCUUGAUAGAAGAAGGAGAUGUAGGCUUUGUUAAACAUACCACCAUCACUGAGGUCACAGAAGGAGAGAACAUACCUGCUUGGGCAGCUGGCGUAAGUGCUUCUGAUUUUGUUCUUCUGGAUCUACAUGGUAAUCGUUGCGCUCAUGAUGAAUAUCGCAAAUGUUUUUUGGCCCAAGUUUGCAAUCAUGCAGUAGUCUCAAGGCCUGAACGAGCAGAAAUUGUUAAAAUGGUGGCACUUGAGCAACAGAAAAUGUUUGGAAGCCAUGGAAAUCAGACAGAUGACUUCCAGAUGUUCCAAUCUGAAGCGAAAGAUAGCUUGUUCAAAGAUGGCACAGAAUGCUUAGCUGUUCCAAAUGAAAAAACAUUUGAGAGCUAUCUUGGGGAAGAAUAUCUGAAUUCUCUUGAUGGGCUCUCAAACUGUUCACCUUCAGAACUCCUUAAAGCCUGCAAUUUCCACUCUCAUGACUGAGGAAUGUCAAGUUCUUGCAGUGAAAUAAAAUGGAUGCUUCGUACUUAUUUGCCCAAACUUGACAAAAGUCUACUUACUUUUUUCUUCCUUAAUACCACAACAACAUGUUCAAACUUUCCACAUAUGGCUUUGUAACUCUGUAGUCACUAGUGUAAAAAAUAAAUAGAAUUAACAUCUACAGUUUAA